UCAAACGUCAGACGAGACUUCCUCAAUCUCACGCGCAGCGAACACCCCUCACUCCUCUCCGUGCGCCGCCGUCGCGUUCCCGCUGUUUAUGGUGAACGACAGAACGACAGAUACUCUGAUUAAUCGACUAUUUUGUAGCAAGAGCAGCCUGAAAAAUCAAUUCUUGAUGGGACAUUAUAAUCUGCAUCGUCAACAUUUGAGGGAGCCGUUAUUCAAACACUUCCUCAAGGCGGUGCGUAGUGAGUAAAGGUUACACCUAGUUCCUCAAUUUAUGACUAUAGGAGAAUGGAGGGCAUUUGUUUCGAGGUCAAACCCAGGGAUGACCCAGUCAAAGCUCACCCUCACUGUGCCCUUGCGCAAACGCUUCCUGGAUCAGAGGGUAAGAGGAAGAAAGAAGAAGAGGACGAGGAGAUUCAGUACAGGCUGACUCUGGUUGGGUCUCUGGCCAUACAUCCACAGACCACCAUGGCAAUGCUUCCCUGGGUGGUGGCUGAAAUACGGAGGCCCCGGCUGGUGGAGAAGAACAGAAACCUUCAAUUCAAUGGUGCUCACUCUCCAGAGGUUCGAGAUCAGCCUGUAGUACUGCAGAUUUCAGCCAAUUCAGUGUGCUGCAUUUUGGACACGGCUGGCCCGGGGAAGCUGUGGGACCCAUUGCAACAUAUGGUUCUGUUUGAUCACAGGCCUCAUCGUAUCACCAAACUCAUUCACAACAGCCAAGAGCCCAGCUAUUUUGGCUGUCUGCUCAGAGAGGAGAAGAAAGCAGCCUGCUACGUAUUCCGCUGCCAGGACCAGACGAAGGUUCCAGAGAUCAUCAGCACUCUCCGGCAGGCCGGCAAAAGUUCUGCCCGACAAGAAGACACUCCCCCAUCUCUGCCUAGCAAUGGUCAGGCAGAUGCCUCCUGCUCCACAGUAACGACGGCUGAUGCAGCAACAGCCUUUGCCAAGAAGUUUGAGGUGUUGUUCUGUGGGCGAGUGGUGGUGGCCCAUAAGAAAGCACCCCCUGCACUAAUAGAUGAGUGUAUCGAGAAGUUUGGACGUGUCAGCGUCACAGGGUCACUUGCAGCGGGCAUCAGGCGGGCGUUCUCACUCAAUCAGAUGGUGAAUGGAACAAACGAGGGGGCAGAUGGAGGAGGAAAGCGACCUCUGUUUUUUAAAAGAGAUCAGAGUUUUCCGUUUCUGCAGGCACUGGAUGAGAACGGCCUCUCACCGGAGCUCCAGCGACGGGCAGCAGACGGAGCCACCGGGGUCCAACCCACUAGCUUACAGGAGAACAGAACCAUGCUGUUCACGAUCGGCCGCUCUCAGAUAUUUCUUGUGAGUCCUGACACUAAGAAAGUGGCCAUCGAGAAGAGCUUCAGAGAGAUUUCCUUCUGUUCCCAGGGUAUUCGUCAUGUGGACCACUUUGGCUUCAUAUGCAGGGAAUCGGUGGAAUGUGGAGGCUGCCAGUUUGUUUGCUAUGUUUUCCAGUGUGCUAACGAAGCUCUGGUGGAUGAGAUCAUGUUGACUUUGAAACAGGCGUUCUCUGUGGCCGCCCUCCAGCAGAACAGUAGGACCCAGAGUCAGCAGUGCGACAGUUGUCCCCUACAGCAGCUGCACAAACUGUGUGACAGAAUAGAGGGUCUUCACCCAUCCAAAGCUAAGCUGGAACUGCAGAAGCAUUUGGCAGGUCUGGAUAAUCAGGAGCAGGCAGCUGUGUUUGAGAGCACCAUGAAAGCCAGGCCUAAGUCAGAUCAGGAAGAAAAUGAGUUGAUUGUGUCAUGUUUGAGACGACUGUACGAGGAGAGGCAAAAGACACACACACACAACGGACAAACAAAAAAGACUUCUCAGGAAGUGGCUGUGAAUGCUGAAGGCACCGUUAGUUCCAGUCGAGUGCGUUUGGAGGAGCUCAAGACUAGAGCGAAAAGAUCCCUCACUGAAUCAUUGGAGGGGAUCUGGAAGGGAAGCAGUAAGUCCAAAUCCCAGAGAGAGAACAGUGAAGGAGAGAGCAACUCCUCUAGCUCCACCACACUGAACAGCACAAAUCAGGAAACAUCAUUGGAGGAGCCCCUCUGCUCUUUCCUUCCCUCCAGCCCGCUCCGCUCCCACAAUUCCACAGGGGAUCUGAAGCAUCUAGAAGGCUCAGGCGGAGGUCAGGAGGGUCCUGAGAGCCCGCCUCAGGGCUUUAGGAGACGUGCAAGCACAAUUAGUCACUCUCCCAUGCUGUCGUCUUCUGAGCCCAGUCUUCCCCCUCUACAACCUACUGCCGCCACCAAGCCCAAACUGGUCCGACACUACUCUGUCAGCACAGAUUCCCCACAUCAGAGCAAUCCUUCUUCCCCUCCGGCCUCUUCCUCUCCUGUGUGUCAGCGGCCGUUGAGGCCUCGUUCAUUUGCUCUUGAUCAUUCCACUCGGCCCCUCAAGCGGAGUCCAUCGGGGCUGAGUGGCUUUAGAGCGAGAUUACACUCCUCCUCUUCUGUUCCAAAUUUCCUCAAAUUUCUGGCCCCAGUAGCAGAGAGUGAUGAUACCAGUGACUCUCAGAGGAAGAGUGACGUAGCAGCCCUGUCUAGUCCUGGAGCAGUGUGUGUUGUUGGGGAUGACAGUCCAUUACGUAACCGGAGACACUCCUGGAGACAACAGAUCUUCUUAAGAGUCGCCACACCACAGAAGGGCUCAGACUCCAAAGAAUCCACCUUAGAGGUUAGCAACAGACUGGCUCUGGGAGGUGGAGUGGGGGGCGGGGACAGCGUCCUGGGGGCGGUGCCAGAGGAGAGGAGAAAGAGGAGUGGGGCGGAGCUAAGAGCAUUAUGGAGAAAAGCAAUUCUUCAACAAAUUCUCCUGCUGCGGAUGGAGAGAGAGAAUCAGAAACUACAAGCCUCAGAGAGUGAUCUGCAGUGUAGACGACUGAAGCUGGACUAUGAAGAGAUCACACCAUGUCUGAAAGAUGUCACGCUGGUCUGGGAGAGAAUGCUCAGCACCACUGGGAGGUCAAAGGUCAGAUUUGACACUGUGGAGAUCCACAAAGCUGUGGGACAAGGUGUCCCUCAUCAGCAUCGAGGAGAGAUUUGGAAGCUUCUAUCAGAACAGUAUUUGCUGAGGAAGGAGGUGCCCAGCACCAAACCUCCUAACAACGACACUCCUUACAAAGAGCUUCUGAAGCAGCUCACAUCCCAACAGCAUGCCAUCCUUAUAGACUUGGGACGUACUUUUCCCACUCAUCCGUAUUUCAGUGCUCAGCUGGGUGCUGGCCAGCUGUCUCUUUAUAAUCUACUGAAGGCAUAUUCUCUGCUGGACCCAGAGGUGGGCUACUGCCAGGGCUUGAGUUUUGUGGCCGGCGUGUUGCUGCUCCAUAUGAGUGAGGAGGACGCAUUCCACAUGCUCAAAUUCCUUAUGUACGACAUGGGGCUGCGGAAACAGUACAGGCCUGAUAUGAUCAUACUGCAGAUUCAGAUGUAUCAGCUGUCUCGUCUGCUUCAUGACUAUCACAGGGAGUUGUACACCCAUCUGGAACAGUACGAGAUCGGCCCCAGUCUCUACGCCGCUCCCUGGUUCCUCACCGCCUUCGCGUCACACUUCCCUCUUGGAUUUGUGGCUCGAGUGUUCGACAUGCUGUUCCUUCAGGGAUCGGAGGUCAUCUUCAAGGUGGCUUUGAGUCUGCUCGGUAGCCAUAAGCCUCUGAUUCUGCAGCACGACAAUCUUGAGUCAAUUGUUGAGUUCAUCAAAACAACCUUACCCAAUCUGGGCCUUGUGCAAAUGGAAAAAACAAUCAAUCAGGUGUCUGAGAUGGAUAUCAGUAAGCAGCUGCAGGCCUAUGAGGUGGAAUAUCAUGUUCUUCAGGACGAGCUCUUGGAUGGUCCCUCCACUCUCAGCCAAUCACAGCGCGUGGCCCAGUUGGAGAAGACCAAUGGAAGCCUCCGACAGCAAAACUUAGACCUCCUAGAGGAGCUUCAGGUUGCCCACGCUAAGAUCAGAUGGCUGGAGACUCGUGUUGAUGGUCUGGCGAGUCGAGAGGCUGAGCUACAGUCGGAGGUAAAGACUCUCCAGCAGGAACGGACAGAGCUGCAGCAGACUGUAUCCAAACUCAGAGAUCUCCUCAGCAGCCUGGAUAUAAACAGCUCCAUCCCUGACCAAGAAAACUUCACCAACACAAACAACAACCUAUGACUCUGCCAAUUAGGAUACACAGUCUAGCUCCUCCUUUAAACAUCACAUCUAUUGGAAGGUGACGCCUUCUUAUUGGAGGUGGACAGGUAGGUUUUCAGAGCACUGAAGAUCCUUCACCUUAGGUCUCUUUGAAGACUCUUUUAGAGUAUCUCGCCGGAACUGAUUAAAACAUUAAACAGCUCAGAAAAAUCACUGAGAUUUCCUUCCUUUCUGGUUCUUAUGGCAUUUGUGACUGACGUUUACUUUCUGAAUCGAGAAAUUAAUUUUUAAUCCAAACUCCUUUUUUACACUCCCUGCUGUUGUUUUGGCGUUGCUAAAAUGGCAUUGACCCCAGCAAAGCCUCUUAAUGUAGAUUUGAUUGGCGUUUAGGCAUCAGAUUGACAGUUCCCCAGUAAGCACUGAACAGCCCACUGAAAGGCUAUGGAUAAAUGCACUCUUGUUGUGCAGCGUAUCGUUUGCACCCUGUUCUUACUUUGUGUGAAUGUUUGUGUGUGAGCAUGUAUGUAUGUAUGUGGAAAUCUACCGUUGUAUUCCAGUGCAAUAUAAACUAAAAAAAAAGACAACCCUCCAGAACACUGUAAACCUGCACAAUCUUCUGUUCUAACAGAAAUCGACGAGGAGCUCAGAUCUUUUUUUGUGCUUUCAAUCUGAGACUCAGACCGAAUGCUGCUGAUUUACGCAGAAAUCACUCAUUCACACUUUGCAGAAAUAACAUUAAAACUUUUCAAACAAUAGUCAGUCUUUUUCAUUGUUACACAAAAAAUGCAAAAUGCGAUAUAAGCACAGUAUCCACCAGUUUGUUCAUUUGGAUUUUGAGGUGUCCACUAAUGGCAUUUUAGCUACUUUGUUUCACUGCUGUUGAUAUGGUACUCAAUAAACCAAAGAUCGGAUUACAUUUCAGGACUUCUGCUGUGACAGACCACACGUCGGGUGCGUAGAUGUGUGUGUUUGUCUGAACACACUGUGCGCGAGUGUCUGUUUUAAAUGCGCUUUCAAGAGUUGUCACCUCACCUCUGUAUCUGAGUGUGAAAUGUUUUGACAGAUGGAAAUAAAGGGGUGUGUGCGAAUAAGAAAGAAAACAGAUCAUCUUGCAUCAUUUGCGUGACAAUAUGUCCUUAACCUUUGACCUCAGACGCGUUUCUGGAGAAUUCCAUUUGUGUUUUCCAGUGUUUGAAAAAAACAGGGACAUCAUUAAAACAUCAUUCUUGAUGAAGUGCUUUAUUUUUAUUGGUUUUUAUGUAGAGUGUUCUUAUUAUAUGGAUUAAAAACAGUUUAAAUGAA